CCCUAAGAUACGGAAAAUGGACCGAACUGAUGACCCGCCGGAGCUGCAGAAAUCCGACGUUGUUCCUCCGACUGCGUCAGCCUACCUCGACCCAAAAUACUGGGACGAAAGGUUCGCUCAAGAAGACCACUACGAAUGGUUUAAAGAUUACUCCCAUUUCCGCCAUCUCAUUCUUCAGCACAUCCAACCCGAAUCUUCUGUGUUGGAGCUGGGAUGUGGGAAUUCCCAGUUGUGUGAAGAACUGUAUAGAGAUGGUAUUAAUGAGCUCACCUGCAUUGACUUAUCCCCUAUUGCUGUGGAGAAGAUGAAGAACAGAUUGCUAUCAAAGGGCUAUAAAGAAAUUAAGGUGUUGGAAGCAGACAUGCUAGAUCUGCCUUUUGAGGAUCAAUGUUUUGAUAUAGUUAUAGAGAAAGGAACUAUGGAUGUGUUGUUCGUGGACAGCGGUGAUCCCUGGAAUCCCCACCCUGCGACAGUGGAUAAAGUGAUGGCGAUGCUUAAAGAAGUUCAUAGGGUUUUGAAACCCGAUGGCAUCUUCAUCUCCAUUACCUUUGGCCAGCCUCAUUUCAGGCGGCGCUUCUUCAAUGACCCGGAGUUUACUUGGUCUAUCGAGUGGCGUACUUUUGGAGAAACGUUUCACUAUUUCUUCUAUAUCUUGAAAAAGGGACAGCGAUCCUCAGAGAGCUAUGAACCCGUCAAGGCCAGCGAAAAGCCAUCCAUGUCUCUUUUCCACGAGGAAUUAGAGGGUGAAGACUUCAUAUUUAGAACCAAUAUUGAUGAAAUGUAGACUCAGUAGUUGAACUUUUGUAACCUUUUGGUCUCAUUAUUUUGGCUUGGAAUAGAAAUUCAAUGUAAUAUUUCUCCUUUUGGUCUCAUUGUUUUGGCUGGGAAUUGAAAUUCAAUGUAACAUUGCUUCUUUAGGUGGUAAGAUCUGGCAUCCAAAAUGAUUGUUUUA